AUGGUCAUCACGACGUGUUUAAGAAACAUCAAAGAGACGGGCCACCCAUUGCGAGUCGAAGUAUAUGCUUUGUUGUCCAGGAAUGUCGUUUCUCUGGGAUUAAGUGACGCGGCCAUGGUGGCAAGCACUGUGCUGAGCUUGCCCAUCCAAAAAAUGGCACGGGGAGCGAAGGGUGUCCUGCGAUGGCGAAGAGCCGGGAUUUGGAUACAGAGCGUGUUUCAAGCACUGUGGUUGGCUUUAUGGGUGAGCUGGCCAUUCUUGCUGAGCUGGACCUGGACUUCGCAAGUCUUCUUCGCUCUUCACACCCUAACCUUCCUUAUGAAGAUGCAUUCCUACGCAUUCUAUAAUGGACAUCUGAGCGAGACCGAGCGACGACUUCGAGACCUUGACAAGCCCGAAACGGCAGACCGGGGCAAGGCCGUCAAAUAUCCCAGCUCUCCCUCUCGCUUGCGCCAAAUGGAUUCAGAGAGUUCCGAGGAAGAGAAGGAAGACGAGCAAGAUUUGGCUCAGCUCCGGCAAGAUUUGGCCACCGAGUUAACUUCUCCUCUUGGACAAGUCACAUACCCUCAAAAUCUAACACUGUACAAUUACAUCGACUAUGUCCUAUGUCCUACUCUUUGCUACGAGCUCGAAUACCCAAGGACACCCAAAAUUCGAUGGGAUAGCCUCUUCUACAAGACCCUCGCCGUCUUCGGCUGCAUCUUCUUGAUGAUCACAGUCAGCGAGGAAUUCAUCGUGCCAGUCCUGGUCGAAUCAGCGACGCAGCUGCGUCUGACGACAUCUCGCUCGGAAAAGGCAUUGAUUCUGGCCGAGACCACUAGCAUGAUGUUGUUCCCAUUUAUGAUCACCUUCCUGCUCGUCUUCCUGGUAAUCUGGGAGUACAUCCUGGGUGCGUUCGCUGAGAUUACCUGUUUUGCCGACCGCCAUUUCUACUCGGACUGGUGGAAUUCCAGCGACUGGCUCGAGUUCAGCCGCGAGUGGAACAUUCCAGUCUACCAUUUUCUGCGCCGACACGUCUUCUUCUCGUCCAAGACGUACUUCUCGACUCCAGUUGCUAUGACAAUCACCUUCCUCGUUAGCGCCCUCGGUCAUGAGCUGAUCAUGGGCUGCAUCACGAAGAAACUGCGUGGAUACGGCUUCUUCGCAAUGAUGCUGCAACUACCGAUAGUAGCACUACAAAGGAGCAAGUUAGUCCGAGGUCGAUGGGUGCUCAAUAACGCCGCAUUUUGGGGCAGCAUGAUUCUGGGUUUAAGCACCAUGUGUAGCUUGUACGUCCUGGUUUGA